AUGGCAGUAUACUUUGAUCAUAAAAUUCAGGCCCCUUCAGUGGCAAUACAGACUGAUAUAGCAUGGCACAACAAUUAUUCUCUUUUGGCAGUUGCUUCGAAAAAUGAACCAGAUAUGGGAGGCUCUGUUAACUUCUAUCUUGAUGAGGUACGUAGCUGAAUGACACAGUUCAGUUAAUAACUCGAUCAUGAUGAAAUUAAUCCCUUUGUGUAAAUAAUAGAGAUUGAGUCACCUUCGACUCGUCUUACUAUGCUUUGAUCUCAGUCAUAGCCUGCCAACUGUCUUAGAGACGAUGGUGUGAGAUAUUUGUCCUCAGAAUAGCAUCAUUUUUGUAGAAAACCCACUCAUAUUUGGAGACAUGAGGGCUAAAAGGUGGUCAAGAGAGAAAAAAGAAUUGGGGGGAAGGGGGGAGGGGGGUGAAUUUAGGACCUUGUUAUUUCUGCCUUCACCAGGGCUGUCGCUAAGAGUUGGUAACUGUCAUACUUCUGGCUAAUCUGCCAUCUUGUUGAAAUUCCACUGAGAAUAUUUGUUCAACAGCUAGUUCCCACUUUUUAGCAGAAGUUAAUGUAUAGUCUAGCACUUAAAGGUUUAGAUAUAAAAAUCAAUUCUGGGUUCAGAAUUUGCUUAAAGGUUUCUUCUCACUUCACUAUUAAACAUAUUGGCAACCCUGCCCAUCCUCUUUUUUAAUUGUCUCCAAAACCUGAGCGCUUGAAAUGGACUUCAUCUGACUUGGUUAAGGUGAAUUUGUAGUUUUGACUGUGAUGUUGUCUUCUGUUUUCAUAUCUAUAAUUGCCUACAGGGAGAGCUAGUUGAAGAAUCCUCAAUUCAACGGUCCAGUGUAGUAACAGCUAUUGUGUGGCAUCCUGUUAGAAAGAUACUAGCAAUUGGCUGGCAGAGUGGGGAUGUGCUGAUGUGGAAUGAACAUGAUCGUGAAUUACACGAGGCUUCAUCCAUUCAUCAGUCAGCAGUUCGAGUUAUUCAGUGGAGUAAUAAUGGAAACAGACUUGUUACUACUGAUGAGGUUACCUUUUAUUGAGAAUUUAAUAUAUUGUCUUGUAUUAGCCUAGAAUUUUCUUGAUCAUGCAUGAUAUUUCACAUCUCUUUUCACAAGCUGUAUGGUAUUUCUGUAGACUAGAACACCUGAAACACAGUGUAUUAAAAGAAAUGAUUCAAAUGUGUAAUUUUUAAAUAUUUCAUUGAAGAAUGGGAUUUUGGCUGUGUGGAAAGCAGAUCAAAGGGGGAGACUACAGCAAUCACCAUUAUAUCAACAUGAUGCCUCCUCGCCUAUUACAGCUUGCGUCUUCAAGCCACCACUAGCAUCUGACUAGUGAGUAUAAAAAGAAUUUGAUUUUGAACUUUUGAAACCCAUCAUGUUAAGGGAUUUCAGGGGUUAGGAAGUAGGCAUCAGACUUUGCAAAGUAGGUGACUGUGAAAAGUUCUUUUAGGGCUAAAAGGUGAUUUUUUUUACCAGAGUAUUCAAGGACUUGUUAUCAAGUAGCCUGCAGAAUUUUUUCAGUCACAGGCUUGUUUUGAUGAAUGAUGAAUUUCCCAGGAAAAAAGGAGUCCAGGUUGAAAUAAUUUAACCCUUUAACUCCCAGAUCAAAUUUGUACUUCUCCUUACUGUCAACCAUACAAUUCUUGUAAUGUUAGUACAGAGAAUUUAGUAUUGGAUCAACUAAUUAUCCCCAAACUGAUAUUUUUCUUUAUUCUCAUCACUUAUCUGGUUGAUAUUGUAUUGAUAUUGUAAGGAGAAAUUCUUGAUCACUCAUAGGAGUUAAAGGGAUAAUUCUAGCUUGAUUUGUAAUUUUCUUUGAAGAAUUGCCAUGCUUUACAUGGGACUAAAGGAAAUACAAAUUAUGAAAUAAAUUUUACAAUGUUUUGGCCCAAAUUCCUUUUAAACUCCAUUACAUAUGCUAUUAAUAAUAUUUUCUCUCAUCAGUGCUUUAAACUUACUUUAGAUGGUUUUGGUGAAGAGUUAUCAUAAUAUACUAGUUUUUGCCUUUUUCUUUUGACUAGAUUGAACAACAGGUCUCUCUUUUGAUAAAAUUUAUUGCUGUUGUUAAUGGUAUUUAGUCACUGAAAGCAAAGUAUUUUUUACAGUGACAUAUCUAGUUUGGCAAAAGCAGCAGUUGCGGGAGACGAGUCUGCUUUGGACAUGUUAAGUUGGAGGAAGGGUAACAAAAACAUAACAAAUACAGCCUCAACUGAUUAUUCCUUCUUUUUUGGUGUGGUGGAUGGUGAGUACUCUUUUGACUUUGCUAUACAUUGAGGUUAAAAAUGGCAAGUGGUUAGAUGUUUAACUCUUUAACUUUCAGAAGUGAUUAACAAGUAACUUCUCCCUUUAAUAUCCAUACACUAUUCAGCAAACAGGUAACAAGCAUACUGAAAUUCAUCGAGAAGAAGCUGUUAUCUUGAUCCAACUCCAAGUUCUCAUAACUAAUUUACAAAAAAAUGUAUAGCAGCUAGUUAUUUAACCCUGUAAAUCCCAGAUCAAAUUUGUAAUUCUCCUUACAGACAAACAUACAAUUCUCAUGAUGUUAGUUCUGAGAAUUUAGCAUUGGAUCAACUAAUUAUCCCCAAAUUGAUAUUUUUCUUCAUUCUCAUCCCUCAUGUGGUUGAUAUUGUAUUGAUAUUGUAAUGAGAAAUUCUGUCUUGGUCAGUCAUGGGAGUUAAAGGGUUAAAUGGUUGAAAAAUAUGGGAUAGAACUGUUAAUGCUGUGUUUAGGCUUUGAUGUGUGUCUCAACAGCUCUUAAUUGGCAUACACAUACUCCUGUUAAGCUGGAAACUCUUUCGAGCAAACACUUAUGACAAGGGAGUGCUUGUUUGUCAGCCAUGUAUUUAUUUUGUUGUACAUUCUGAUUGCAGGUUCAGUGUAUUUUGUUGAUGACAAGGGUCGUUGCACACGGUGCUUCACAGCAGAGGGUGCUGUAAAGUUCUUGUUGUACAGUGAGGGAAGAGACAUGAUUGUGGUGGUUACUGAGGGUUUGAUUCUUUCACAACACAGAGUGGCUCAUGAUGGUACCACAUCAGAAGUUGCUAAGGUUAGAGUCAUGAAUUCAAAGGAAUGCAUAUACAUAAGCCUUCUUAUCCAAAUCCUAUCAGUGCAUAUUUCUCAAUACUUUCCCUAAAACAGGACUACAAGCUCAAAUUUUUCCAUGGUGCUAUCUCAUCUGGAAACCUAAAAUCCUGACAUGGUCCCUUGAAACAAAUGAUUUGGUACAAAAUGAGAAUAUGGAAAAAAGGGGAGAAGGAAAUUUUCUGCAAUUUAACUUUAGACCCUAAGCAUUAUUGUGUUACUCUUUUAAACCCUAAAAGUGGUUAGAAUCUAAUUUCUCCCCACUAUGUCACCCCUAGAUCAACCAUUAAGGUUACAAGAAUAAAAGAAAUGAUCACCAACAAAAGCAGCUCUUAAUUAUUAAACAAAUUCUCCUUGUCAGCACCAUGGAAAAUGUAUAAAAAACAGUAUUGAGAAUAUGUAUACUGAUGUGAGGGUGUAAAAGAUUUAAAACUUUACAACUUGCAGCAUAAGUGCCAAACAUUGAUUGUCAAAUUGGCAACUUUGCUGCAAAUUUAGUUCCCAAAAUAUUUUUUGUCUCACUAUGACGACCAAAACAGUUGCUUAGUACUUACUGGUAGGUGGUCUGUUUUGUGAUACUCCUGUUAUUCAAUAAAGUUUAGAUAUAUCUUUUAUCAUAUUCAUCAGAUGCAUUUUUUACUUUUAUUAGGUAAAACUUAGUGGACAAUCUGGUAAAAGCCAAAUAAUCUGGGCAGGAAGACAGGUGUUGGCGACAGCAUCAGGAGAAAAUGUUGUCAGGUAAAAUUGUAUAAUAAAAUAUUGCUUGCAUUAUCAUAUAUUAUUACCAGUAAAAUAUUGCUUAAUAUUAACUUGUUUGAACCUUCAAUAUUCAUAUUAAAGGGGUGCUCUUUAUGUGUGCAUGUGUUUCAGUAACAAACACUGAAUACACAUUUUUAGCAUCUAACAUUUGUAAUCAAGUAAUUUAACAUUCUCCUGAAAGUGGGAAACUGUACUAAUUGUGUGGUUCUUUCAUGUAGAAUGUGGAAUCUCGAGCAGAAUGACAACUAUGUCCUUUCAGUUGAUGGUAGUGGCUUUGAACCUGGUGAGGUGGUCAACUGCAUAUCAUUUAACAAGGUUAAAGGUAAGACUCGUAAAACAUCUACUGGUGUUGUCAAACAUCAAAACUGUACAGGAUGAAGAAUUUAAUCCUUUCACUUACAAGAUCUCCAUAGUAAUUCUCCUUACUUUCUAUCAUAUAACUCUUAUUAUGUGAGUUUGGAGAAUUUUUUAUUGAAUCAACUAAUAAUCCCCUAAUUGAUAUUUUUUUUUAUUCUCAUCACUUGUCUGCUUGUAUUCAUAUUGUAAGGAGAAAGUGUGUCUUUGUCUCUCAGUGGAGUCAAAGGAGUAAGUCAUACCAAUAUCAUGUCCACCUUUACUUCCGUCAGUAUUCUCUUACCUCAGGCAGUAACUAGUAAAAUUUACCACCAAUAGUACAACUUACUCGUUACUAUAUAAAAUCACUUGGAUUACUUGAAAAUUCAACCAGUUAAAGGAUUGCAUUACCAGUUUUAAUUUUACCUGUCUUGCUUAAAAUAAGGGAGACCACUGUAUGUUUUAUUUAAUUAGGUAUUCUGGCUGGUGGAACAAACAAAGGAAAGGUAGCAAUGUGGAAACAUGUGGUUACUAAACCUCAAAAGAAAAAGCUUGAAGGACAGGAAAAAUGGGAGCUUCAAUCGCCAGCUGUUUUAGAGGGAGAAACACAGUUGUCCCAGAUACAGGUGAGAAAAAUACAACCUUAGAUCAGAGACAGGUUUUUGCUAUUGAUACUUUGGUUGCACUGUAUUAUAAAAAUGUCCAGCUCUGCAAUUUUUCUGUGGGCUGCCCUUGCAAAGUUUGUUUGGGUGGUUGUAACUGCCCUCACCAGUUUAACUUUUCUUGUUUCUGAAAUACCUUUGAAAUACUACAUAAAUUUUUCAUACACAUUACUCUAUUGUGGAUUGAAUUUUACUUGAUCUUUCCUGUGUGGACAUUUCCAGGAAAUAUGUCCUAAUUAAGAUGAUUCAGUUUUAUAAACUGAGUUGUUAAUGUGAAUUGGCCAUUAUAGAGAGUUUCUAAAGGUGAUAUUUCAAGCAUUAGCCCUUUGUUAGAUCAAUUUUGCAAUACCCUCCACAAAUGCAGCAACACAGUAUCUUUAGAAUUUUACCUCCCUUCAUGCACUAAUCUCCAUGUCAGAGUGCAUGUAAAAUACAAGAUGACCACAAUAUUUCAUGUUGUCAUUUUUUUGUUUUUCAGUGGGGUGGUAACAAGAGUCUUCUUGCAGUAAAUACAGGGGAAACUGUCAUUAUUUUGAAUGAACAAGUUAUGAAUGCUCAUUAUAAUCUUGAGGUGAGUGAUUCUCUAAGCUCUGCAAUUGUAAGCAUUUCAUAUACACAUGUUUAUUGUGUCCUUUGUAAAUAUGAAUUUGAAUCACAGUUGAAGUGAACUCCUAACUCAAGUACAUGAUGGAAUUUUGCAAUUAUGAUACUAUGUUAAUUUCUCUGUGUGUGUUACCGUGCUGUUCUUUCAAAUAUCACUACAUGGCAAAGAUUGUAAAUGUUUUCAUUUGGCAAAUACGUCACUAUUCCUGAUUUGUUCAUUCCUGUUGUAGCUUGCAGCAGUUCAAGUUUCACCAAGUCAGCUGGCUAUUGAAAAUUUUACAACUGGUUACUGUCAAGACCUUAAGACAGACAUUCACAUCAAGGGGGUAUUUGUGACAAAGGUGAGUUAUCAUGGAUGUUAAAUAACUAACAGGUAAAAUGUGCUUAAAUUUUAAUCUACCCCACGCAAUCUCUUUGAUUAUAAGAUUUUCAUUGUUUGUAUCAAAUUUGAAAGGUAUUAAAGGGCAGUGAAUGUUAAUGCCAAAAUUUUGCCAACAUAAUCUUAGGGUUUUAUUUUAAGUAUCAGUAACUGAGUUUUCAUGUUUUUUUAAAAAAAAGUGUGAUUAUUGGUUUUAGUUUUAUCAACUGAGGUGAUAAAUGUAUAUUGGCCGUUGUAAAGAGUUUUUAAAGCUAACAUCUUUAGCCUUAGUCCUGAUGAAUUCUGAGAUGCUGAUGAUAGUUAAAUGUAAACCUCAUUAAAUUCCAAAGAAUGUAAUUGUAGUAAUUGAAAUAAUGAUGGUGCUGACAUGAGCUAUUGAAUGUUUGUUAAAUUAGAGUCACACAGCGAUAUGGAAUGGUAAAAAAGUUGUAGUUUAUGAGGUGGCAAGUGACAAGAGUUUGGUCAGAGCAGAAGGUAUAGUGGUGUUUCUUUUGCCCUCUUUUGUUUCACUUAACACUUUUGUUUCAAUAUAAGAAAGCUUCUCAAAGUUUGACAUUUUUAUCUGAACAGCGAUGCUUUUAUAAAACAUCACUGAACUCGUUCUUUUCUUUCUAGGUUCUUUUAACUCAGAUUCUGCUGUUGUUGUGGUUCAUGAACAGAGUGUUUAUACAAUAGAACCAGGGAAGAUUCAUGUUAGGACUUUUCAGGUAUGACAUGUAAAUCUGGGCUCAGGUGUAUAAAGGGCAGAUAACACUAUCCAGUGGACAAGAGAUAACAAAAUGUAAAGGGUUAUCCACCAGAUAGAGUUUUAUCUAGUGGAUAGCACUAUCCAACCUUCCAACAACCAAAGCCCAAUUGAUAGUGUCUUGGUGAAACAAUGACCCUACUAGUAGUUUCAGUACAGACAAGUGUCUUGACUUAAGAUGCAUACAUAUGUUAGGGUGUAAAUGGUUAAGAUUUGAGACACUUGAUCAAAAUGUGCUCUUUUCAGUAUUUCCUGGAUUCCUGUAUCAUGUGUGCUUGUCCGUUUUUUUUUACUUUGCAACAAUGGCUAUGAUCAAUAUGAUGUGCUCCCAUUGCAUUUUGUCUUGACUAUUGUUCUAUGUGUUGGCAGGGAACAGUCAAACAGAUUCUGCAGUUUCCUGAAGCAGAAGGUGACCCCAUUCUUUUAGAUGUGUGUGGAAAUUUUCUUGUGGCUGGCACUUCAUUGGGUUAUGUCAAGGUCUGGGAUUUGUCAAGAAGGUAUGAAUUUCAAACAAAACUGGCACUACAUGAUUGAUUUGUAAUGUGACUUGUAUGGUAGUUUCUUCUUCCAAAUGGCCAGCCCAUCUUAGUUACAUGUACCACAUAGGGUUCUUUUGUAAGAAUCACAGUUCUUAGACACCCCAUUCAUGCUACAAGUGUAUACUUGCAAAUUAAAACAAGUGGGAGGUAUUCCUCUUCAGAGUUCAUUCUAGGUUCCAGUCCUCAUUGUCAUGUUCGAUUGUUAGUGUCCAGGCCAUCACAUCCUUUCCCCCCUCAUUUUUAUGAGCUCCCCAGUCAAGCCCUAACAAAAUUUAUUCAGUUCAUUCAGAGGGUUAAUUGUAUUUUGCCUAAAAUUUAUCUGCAUCAUCUACAUGUGGGUAAAAUAUAUUGAAAGACUAUUUUUAAAAAAAAAAAAAUCUGUAGGGAAGCCAAACAGCACUGCAAUCCCAAGUCUCUUGAAGAAAGUAUAGCUGGGAUUGGCAAACUGAAAUCCAUCAGAUGUAACUGUAAUGGCACAAAAGUCAGCAUCAUGUGUGAUAAGGUGAGAUGACCCAAAUUUUCUUACUUUGAUAAUUUGUCUUUUUGCUCCCUGAGCAAUAAAAGGAUUUACAGUCUUCUUGUCUACACUGUUUGGACUUACAACUUGACCUCAUACAAGACCAAUGAGUUCACGGCACCUUUGAUUAAUAUUCAUAAGCAAAAUUAUCUGAACAUUGUCGUGGACAUCGUUAAUGACCUGAAAGAUCUUCCUUUUGGUGGAAGUUUGUAAACAAAAAAAUCUGUUCUUAUUAUUCAAUUAAUGCAUCUUGGCUUGCUUGUUCCAGGCAAAUAACUCUCCUGAUAGUAGAAUUUAUGUGUGGGACAUAGAACUCGAUGCUUUUCAAUCAUUUGACUUCGCCACGGGCCAAGGAACUGGAGCGGACGAAGGUGAUAAAGAAAGCACUGAUCUCACGAAUAGGGAGCAGCUGGCUGCGGAAAUUGCAGGAAGGAGACCGGCGUCUAUGUUCUGGGAUCCCUCAGAACCCAAGUUGUUAGUCUGUGAGGCUGCGCACAUUCCAGGAAUGGUACACGAAGCAACAAGUAACAAAUCGUCCUCAAAGAAGCCUGUAAAUGCGACAGCUGCCGAUGCCAGUAGAGAGGUUGGUACAUUAUUCAUCCAGAGCUUCUCUUUUUGGCUGAAAGACAGAAAAAUAAAAAACAAUUACUAUAAAUCCACUAGAAAGCUUUCCCAAAUGCUGCAGUCUGAUUGGCUUCGGUACUCGCUAUAUAUUUAACAAUUAGAUUAUUAGUUCGGGAUUUCUAUCACGCAUAGAAAUCGAGGGCGUAUAAUCAAAUUGUCUCAGUACAAAUCUAUUAGUCGUUCAAAAUUUAACGAGACAGGCUCAUGUUUUUAUCUUACUUUGUUUACAGCCGUACUCUGUUAGGCCUCUUACUUUACUCAGUAUCUACAUGUAUCAUGGAAUAAAUUACAGCUGCGUAGUCAAUCAGAUUUCAGCUUUUGUGUUAAAACGCGAGUAAAUUUAUAUUAGUCCGUGAUGGAUAGCGAAUAAAGAGAGUAGCACUCGGUGUGACCUAUUGAUAUCGUUGUUUUCAAAAGAGAAGUAUAAUCGUUUGUCUCACGACGUUUCUACUACUGCAUACUGCUAGUCCUCUUCAGGCGAUGAGGGCGACUGGUAUCCUUAUGUAGUAAAAGUACGAGCCUUUCUUGUUGCUGAGUUUUGAACGACUUGUAGAAAUAUACUUAAACAAUGAGAUAGUUCGCUCGUAUUCUAAUGAUCCCUCCUGAUUGGCAGUCAACAUUCUACAGUCCCCCUUUUGUGUUCUGUCAACGACGACCAAUCCCCCCUCGUUCCCCCUGAUAACCAUGUGAUCCCUCCCCUAAAUCCUGCAACCCUCCCUCCCCCACCCCCUCCUCCCCGACUGGUCCCUCAGAAUUGGCUCUAAUGAAACAAAGAUGAUGAUGAUGUUUUUACUUUCCUCUCAACAGAGUGAUGUAUUGGUGAUAUCACUGUUCAGUACUCCAGAGAACGGCAUCUUGCUACAGGACUUCUUCCCUAUUGACUCAGCCUACUUCAGUAAGUUCUGCUCCAUUGCCAUUCAAAGGUUUUAAAAUCUUUUUGCUUAUUUGUUUGUUUCUCAGUAUUUGCAAAUUCAUGGAUUCUGAGGUUAAAUUCUUUUUCCAGGUUUACUAGGAGUACAAGUGCCCUACUUCUACCUAGUUAAGGUUGGUUUCGACGAUUUUUCUUGGAACAGUUUUCUUGAGUCGUCAAACUUUUGCUAUAUAAUUGUUCUGAAAAUGAUUCUCUGAGAACGCCUGUAGCUGUUUUUCAACGUCUUCUACUAAUCGUUUUAGUUGCUUCUGAUUGGUUAAGAGGCUAGCGUGGGUUUUCUAUACCAAUCAUAGAACUUAGUAAUGCUAAACCCUCGGCGGAUGACUUUCAGAACUGGACUGAAAACUGCGCUACUAAUUGAGGGAAGUUUUUCUUGGGACAAAGUAAUCUUUUAGGUACCUUGCAACAAGAUUUUUAAUACCCACCAGUUAUUUCCCCAUUGUAAUAAAGAAUGAUAAACGCUUUCUUUUUGCGCUGACAAUGCGCUGAGUCAAAUCUGACGCCUUUUAACGUCAAUUAUACUUUUUAUCUUCUGUUCUAUUUUGCGUUCAAUGAAAUAAGAUUCUGCUGUCAGUACUCAGUUUUUUGAUCAUUUGUUGAACCAACAGAGCAGCGAGUUGGAAAGUGCCCCACCCCCAGACCCACCGUCGUAUGGAGCGACGAACAUUCCUCUCCCUGAUAAACACCACAUGGUGAUCAAACACACCAUGAGAGAUUUCAUCGGACUGGAGAAGGCUGAUGCUGAGGCUAGACAGGCUAUGAUGAAUUUUAGCUACCUUUCCGCCAUUGGAAACAUGGAUGAAGCGUUCAAAGCGAUCAAAUUAAUCAAAAGGUUGGAGUAAUAUUUUUGAUGGCAUAUUCACGAAACUAUACGUGAAAACACCAAGUACAAGACUACGGGUCCAACUUUCUACCCCACCACACCCUUUCCCCCCUUCUUGCCUAACCGCCAACCCUCUAGUGGAGGUUUGUUUCUAUCCCCAAUCACCCCUGAUGCUAGGAGUCGAAGAUGGCGGAGAUGCUUCUUCGCGAAGGAUUACUUAAAAGUUCCCUUGCUGAAAAUACUCAUGCAAUGAUCACAUACAGUUUACGCAAAAAUUUUCAUCAUCCUGCACGUUUGCAGCAAGUGUGAGGCGAAGGGUACAGUUUUUUACAGAGCCAGAAAUGAAGGAAUUGCUCCAAGAAUGGAUAUUUCUUUUUUGUUACAGCGAAUCAGUUUGGGAAAACAUGGCUCGCAUGUGUGUGAAGACGAAGCGGUUGGACGUGGCCACUGUGUGUUUAGGCAACAUGGGAAACGCUAGAGCCGCUAGAGCGCUGAGGGAGGCACAGCAAGAACCUGAAUUGGACGCUAGAGUUGCAUGUUUGGCCAUACAACUCAGCAUGAGCGUAAGUUGAAUGCUGACAGUCAUUUUAAGCUUUUCCCGCCAGGUGUAGUUUCCUCGAGCAAAAAGUACACCGAACGAACUUGGUAGAGCUACAACACUGCUUAUCUCGGUGCUCAUUACAUGGUCUAAACAUAAUCCCUACUUAUCUCUUCUCUAAAACAGGAAGAAGCAGAGAAACUUUUGAAGAACUCUUCACGUUACGACUUGCUAAACAAGUUUUACCAAGCAUCAAAUCAGUGGACAAAGGUUAGAAAACUUGACAACCUCUUUCCCAAAGGUGACUCUUCUUCCCUCUCUCUGGAAACGAGGUUGAAAAACCGAAGUCGUGGAUUUAUAAAAUUUGUUUCUUUCGACCAAGUUUAAGAUGUUUGCUCCGCUUCCUUGUUUUACUCUCGUUAUAAAAUGUAAAAACUUGUUUCGUUAGGCAAUCGAAGUUGCUGAGCUUCACGAUCGCAUUCACCUCAGAACGACUUACUACAACUACGCCAAACACCUAGAAUCUACAGGGAAUAUAUCAGCGGCUAUUGUCAAGUGAGUUGAUCUCAAGGAGAACAAAAUUUCUCUGCAAGUGCAAACAAACCUGAUUUUGUUUCGUAGUUUUUCGUUUUAGCUUUGUUACAUGACAAAGAUGUUAAUCUCAAAAGCAACGGUCCAGAUUUAACGCCUCGAGUUUAACCCUCUAACUCCUAAGAUCUAAUUGCUAAUUCUCCCCUCCAGCUACUCCACACUUCCAUGUAAAUCAGCUACGAGAAUUAGGCGUUAGAUCAAGAUAAAACUUCCACCUGAUAAGUUUGGGUAUUCUCUUUACCUGUUUGCUGGAUAAUUUAAGGAUAUUAUAGGGAGAAGUUACAUAUGAAUCAAUUCUUGGAGUCGAAGGGUUAUGGUAGCCUCCUGUCUCCCAACCUAUUUACCACAUUAGCCACAAAUCGGUUUUCUUAUUUUCGUGUUUUUGACUCUGCCUUUUAGUUUUGAAAAAGCAGACACACACCGGUUUGAAGUACCUAGAAUGCUUUUGGAGGAACCUCAACAAUUAGAAGCCUAUAUCCUGAAGACGAAGGACAAGUAUGUGAUUUUGUUUUUUUUUUUUUUUUUUUGAGUUUGAUGGAGAAAGUCAUUUUUGUUUUCAAUUAAAGCAAAUUUACCUCACAAACAGAAUUUGUGAAAACGUGCUUCUAGCCUGUAGAACAGGCGUAGUUUUGGCGAGCGAGCGCUCAGAAUUUUCUUGGUGAAAACUAUAGCUACCAUCGUUGAUUUUUACGGCUGCAGAAGGCUGGGGAGAGAUAGAAAUUUGUAUUAAGGUUGGGACGGUCAAAAUGAAGGAGAGGGAAGGGGUGCGGAUCGAGCAAACGGACGAGAAAACGGUUGCGAGUUUGUAACGUUAGAAACUUGCCCGACUAAGACGCCUGCACUGCAGGCUAACCUGUUUCGAGCAGGAUCGACUUUAGAGGCAAUUUUCCCGUUGUUGGCUCAAUGACUUUGCACCAAACGAAGGCGUUCACUUGUUGUGUUCACCAAACCUUUCUUUCAGGGAGUUGCGUAAAUGGUGGGCGCAGUACAUGGAGAGCACAAGUGAAAUGGAAACAGCGCUUCAGUUCUAUGAAGCUGCACGUGACAACUUGUCACUGGUUAGAGUCUACUGUUACUGCGGCAACCUAGAAAAGGUACAGAAACACUUGUUGUGAAGUAAGAGUGUCUUACGAAUUUCGGAGCAAUUUUCGUUUGGUCCAGGAAACUGGAGCCAGCUUCUUAACCAAUGAAAUGCAAAACUGAAACCAAUCACGUCUUAGUCACUCGCGUUUUUCCGCGCUUCAAGCAGGUUGCCUGUUUUCGCUUUGAGUUCCCAUUAGUUAAUGAUGAUGUCAACUCUUGUUUUGAGGACCCUUCUGUAAACCACUUCGUGACGUUGGCAUCCUCAUUAAAGAUUACUAUUAUUAUUAUUGAUUGCUAGUUGGGAUCACUGUGGUUUGGUUUCUCCACACUCAUUUGAAAACUGCUCCAAAUGACCAAUUCUGGUAAACAAAAAUUUUUUUCUUAAGGGAAACUGUGACCGAUUUUUUAUUUGUUUUCCGUCCUUAAAAACUAUCGUUUAGUAUUUAAUUAGUAGUUUGUUAGAGAAGACGAGCGCCACAGAGGCAAGAAUAAACCAAUAGGAAACUAAGAUCAUUAAGGAUGGAGAAUAUUGACGCAGAUUUCUAAGCAAAUAUUGUGAUGUGACUCCUUUGACCGGUGGAAAGAAUUGCCGGAGCCGUCACUCUCUGUACGUAUGUUUUCCCGCGUUAACGCUGGUUACAUGAUAGGUUUGGGAUUUUGAUUGGCUAAGUGGUUUAAAGCGUAACCAAUCGUCGUUCGGUGUUGGCAACUUUUCCUGCAGUUUUUGGAAGGGUCGAUGUUUCAUUUUAGGAUGGGUCUUAUAGGUGUGCAACCAUGUGUCAAAGCAUCAUUAAUCACAAGUAUUUAACACUAACACCAAGACACCUCUCCCCAGGCUGCGGAAAUCUGCAACGAAACAGGCGACAGAGCGGCUUCGUAUCACCUUGCAAGACAAUUUGAAAACCAGGUUAGUGGAAGCUGAUAAGAGUCAAAAUAUCUUAACUGAAAAAAGUAUCUUAAUCACCAAGAAAAAGAUAUUUAGAGUUGUAAUAUCUGAUUUAUUAUUUUCUUUUCAGGAGAAAAUUAAGGAGGCUAUCCACUUCUACACGCGUGCUCAGUGCUAUAGCAACGCGAUACGACUUGCGAAGGUGACACUUUUAAAACGUCUUGUAAAUGACAAAAAAAAGGGAUUGAAAUAAAUGGACCACGACAUUUUUGAACACUUAGGGACGAGUCAUAUUAUUCGCUAGGGGGAGGGGUCGGUAGAUUUUUUUUUUUUGAGGGGGGGGUUUAGGAGGAACGGAGGGGGAUGAGUCGUCGCCAACAUAAUAUCAAGGGGGGGACUAUAGAAAAUUAACUGUUCGUGAGGGGGGUAAAUUUUAUCGUGACACAACCAAAUUCUCCGCUCCCCCCCCACCCCCCAAUCCCAGACGAUGAACAAUGACCGGUCCCCAAGAGGCAACUAUUCUGUUAAUGCCUCAGUGACUCCGCAACAAAGAGAGAUGACCAGUUGUAAUGGCGAACGGUUGACUCAUGCUCAUUUAAUUUUUCAGGAACAUGGAAUGGAUAAUGAACUGAUGAAUCUGGCGCUACUUAGCUCUCCGCAAGACAUGCUGGAUGUAGCAAGGUUAGAUAUAUAGUUUUAUCAGAGAUACAUCUCAGAACCUUGAACUGUAACAGCUUCUUUAGCAGGCGCUUUUUGUGCUGUUCGCCCCCAGUCUCCUCCGAGCCUUGAUUGGUCUUUUCACGCAAUAAGCUCCCUCUCUCUCUCCCUCCCGUGUUGCGUGACGGCAAAGGAUGCUGUUUGUUAUCAGAAGUCCCUUCUUCAGUUCUAUAGCGAACCUAUAACCUCGAUUUUCGCAAGGUUCUAAAACUGAAACAAGGAUUUUGUCACAGAUUGGUGAUGCCAAAUCUGCAUGCACUAGCUAUUUGGUUCGAAUCUCGACGAAUUUCACUUUCGCAAAUUCUCCUUCUAUGACAGCACAUACUAGAAUGUUCACGGAAGUAGCUUAAAGUAAUUCCACGCUUGCACACGGUUUCCUGGUUGAAUAUCCAGCGGCGGAAUAUCCAUUGACAACUUUGACGGAGCAUUAAGAAGAAUUUUAAUUAAAAUUAUCCUUUUACUGCCGGGUUAAAAUAUAAAUUUUUUUCGAAACGCCAGUUGUCCCGAAGAAUAGUUGAGAGCGGAAAAAAUUACUGUUCGUAAAAUUGUAGCAAAGCGAAGUUUUGAUACUCGAACCUUUAGGUUAUAGGCCCUGCACGCUUCCACUGCGCCGCUCUGCUAAACAUAUUUACAAUUGCGUGUCUGACGUAAAAAUGCUUCCUGUUUUGCCACCCGCAAUUUCUAAGAACGUGAAUGAAAUUAUUUCACACGUUAACCACAGUAUCUGUCAGUGGUUUGCCCGCUUUCUUAUAAGUGUGCCCAGCUUUCGUUCCAUUUCAGUGCAUUUCGGGACAAAAAGAAUAUGAAAGGUUAUGGAGAGAUCACAAGGUCGUUCUGCGGUUAUGACAAUUUUGUUAUGUAGAUUUACUGUGAUAUAAAUAUUUUUCAUGGUGAAGAAAAGCUUUAUAUUGGCAUGGGCAAAAUCGAGCUCUUAGGGUUACUAGGAUAGACAACAGCGCACUUUCUGUCGCUGAUUCUCGCGGAAGCUUACUAUGUCUCCAUGGAGCUCAGUUUUUUCCUCUUCCGUCAAGUUCGUUUCACUUUCUUGGUCUACGACGCACUGACGGUUAACAUUUUAAUGUCAUCCAAUUUUGUCUAUGUUUUUUUAAACGACAAAAAUGGGAGUUUUGAUGAGUGAAUCAUUCCAAAGCUUUUUAUAUUGCAAAGUGCCGCUUAGUUCCUGCUUCACGCUGUUAAAUGUUACAGAUUCAUCAGUAGAGGCCUCGAAUAAUCGUUUUCUAGGUGUAGGAUUAUUCAAAUUCUGUCUUGUUUUGGUUUUUACCGCGACUCUCAGAAAGCUAACAACGACAUGGAACAUGUACUUGUAAAAGGAAAAAAUUAUUAUGUGUUUUGGACAAAACUACUAGCAGAGCGAGGUUUUGAUCCUCGGACCUCUGGGUUAUGGGCCCAGCACGCUUCCACUGCGCCACUCUGCUGCGGUCGCGAAAUUACAGCAAAUUUUGUUUAUUUAAUGUGACGUUGUGAUGAAAGAGAUCGUAAUGUUGCAUCAUCCUCUGUUUGCAUAUUUUAUGCGGUAAUGCUAUUAUCACGUGAAUUGUCAGUGGAAGGAAAUAAAUUAAGAGUAAUACUGUUUUGCAUAUUAAUUAAAGUUCCUUGUGAGUGAAAGAGUUUAAGAUUAAAAAAAUUAUAAUUCGCGUUGCGGAAUCAUUAUAGUUAAGUUUUCUACAGUGGUUUGCUGUUGACGCGUUUAAUUCUUUCGAGAAAGGUCUGGGGCCUACAUUUUUUUUAGCUGAAAUUUUGUUCUGAAUUUUUUCUCUAUUUACAGAUACUAUGAGAACCAUCCCAACAUGCAAGAUAAGGCAGUUAUGCUAUAUCACAAGGUAUUGUUUAUCUAAAAAAUGUUGCCUCUCAAAGCAUUUAACCCAGGAUAAACAUUUACCAACGUUUUGGGGAAAAUCUUUCAGGCUUGAGAUAAAACGGCUUUUUCAAAACAAUCUAAGUUAUAGGAAUAUUGUUGUAGGAAACUGUGUAUUUCCUCUUUUUUGCAAGAAUAAAGAUAAAGGUAUAAUUUUUGUUCUUUUUGCGUUCUUUACGGCCCUUAGUUUGAGUAUAAUUUUCUCACAACUUUUGUUGUAUUGGACGAAAGUUUUCCCAUACUUACUGUAUAUCAGAAAUGCUUUGAUAUCUAUUGUGAUUGACACGCGUGCUUUUCGCAAAAUUGGUCGGUCGUAGCAAUAUAGUUUCUUGAUGUCACGACUUUCGAUCGCUUUUUUUUUUAGGGCGGAAAUGUCACCAAAGCGUUGGAUCUGUGCUUUGCAACUCAGCAGUUUGCGGCGCUACAAGUGAUAGCUGAGGACCUUGACGAGACUACGGACCCUCAGAUGCUUGACAAAUGCUCCAAGUUCUUUUUGGAACAUGAACAGUACGACAAAGCUGUUGAAUUGUUGGUUGUUGGCAAACAGGUAAUGCAGCACAGCCUUCGAUAUUCGGUGUGUCAGUCUUUUAUCGCGUUGCGUGAUACGUUAUAUUAAAGCGCUUUCUGAUUGAGUGUCGUUAAACCAAAACCAAAGCGAUGAUAACAGCCAAUCAUAGCAAGGAAAAUAUCACCAGGAGCCAAUGAGGACUCGCAGGAAAAACAAACUAACUGAAGCGCGGGAAAACGCGAGUGACCAGAUCGCUAUUGGUUCUAGUUUUUAAUCUGAUUGGUUAGGAAAGUGGCGCAAGUUUUCUGGACCAAUCACAUACCGAGUAAAGCAAGAACAAAGCAAUCCUACAAUACCUUCGACAACUGAAAACUGCUCUAAAGUUACAAUGAGAAAAAUUUACCGUCAAAAUGGCCCUAAACACUCGUCUUUUCGUAUCGUAAGAAAAAAAGGCAUUUUCGCUUUAAAAAAGGAAAGAAUUGAUAUUGGUCUCUUUUUGUCAGUUCUCAGAGGCAUUAGAUCUGUGCAUGAAUCAUAACGUUACAAUCACAGAGGAGCUGGCAGAGAAGAUGACGCUUCCUAAGGGCUCCGAUCCGGAGAUCAGAAACAAACUCUUAGAGAGGAUCGCUGACUGCUGCAUGCAUCAGAGAUCAUACCACUUAGCCACCAAGAAGUACACUCAAGCUGGCAACAAAAUCAAGGUCAGUGGGCACAAACAAAAGGGACUUGACUUGUUAAAGCAACACCUUUUCGGAGACAAAGCUAAGGUCUUGAAUUUUCGCCGCCUGAAUCGAUAGGGAAAUGCUGUGUGAAUUUAGAACGAACUAGCUGGUUGUCCCACCAAGCGAAGUUGGAAGAAUUGGACUUGCCCUUUCCCCGGCCCCGUUUGCUUCGGAGGUCUUUAAUAUGCCCUUAAUGUAUUUUACAACCAUUCUUAUUAUCGCAAUUAGUUAGGUUGGGUGGCUGAACUGGAGUGGUUUUUUUUUUUGGGGGGGGGGGUGGGGGGAAAGAAGGGGGUCCAGGUGGGGGUGUUGUUUUUUUUUUCAUAACGGAAUUUUCAUGUCGUCGUGAAGAAAGAUCGUUAGAGUAACACAGAAAAUUUGUCAUAGGACACUGUGCAAGAUUAUCACUGAAUAUGAGUAGCUUGAAACUUACAAUGACUUUUCUUUCGUCCUAGGCGAUGAAAUCUCUCUUAAAAUCCGGCGACACAGAGAAAAUCAUCUUCUUCGCUGGUGUCUCCAGACAGAAGGAAAUUUACGUAAUGGCUGCCAACUAUCUCCAGUCUCUAGACUGGCGCAAAGAUCCCGAGAUCAUGAAGAACAUUAUAGCUUUCUACACCAAAGGCCGAGCGCUCGAUUCGCUGGCAAGUUUUUACGACGCCUGUGCGCAGGUAUGUUUAUCGUGUUGUUCUCUUUUGUUGUCAUUGCCUCGGUACUCGCCUUAAUUUUUUUUCCUUUUGACUCUGUCAGUCGCUGUACAAAAAUGUUCAUUCUUACAACAUACGCUCUGUUACCUUCAAUAGUUUUUACGUAAAGCCCUCAAAACUUGAAACAAGAUCGAGAAUUGGUGCUGUGGUAUCGCUACUGUGGAAUGAGAUCCCAUGUACCCCCAAAAAAGGAACAUUCAAAGUCAAAAUACAAAACACUGUUUUUGAUGUAGAUUUAUUUAUUGAUGGACAUAAAUGAAAAGUAAGAGGUAAAAAGAAAAAAAAUGUGUAAUGUAAGAUUAUUAUUAAGAUGAUCAUUUUACAGUACAUCCCCUCAUUCUUUCCCUCCUUUUUCAAUUCUUAAAUAAUUUUUAAUUUUUUAAUUUUUUUUCUUGUUGUAUCGUAUUGUUUGUAAUUAGAUAUUUAUAGACUGGCUAGCGUACUUGUAGCGGUACCCUCCCCCGCCCCCGUUUCUCCCUGGGGGGAAGGGUAUGGGUACACGUUGGCUAUAAACUGGCCCGCGUAGACUAGUAUUGGCUAUCCACGGGCCAUUAAAAAAAUUGUAGAUAAUUCAGAAAUAAAAGUAUAAUGAAGGACUGUUGUUUUACUUUGUUUUGCUUUAGGUGGAAAUUGAUGAGUAUCAAAACUACGAUAAAGCUCUCGGGGCACUUACAGAAGCGUAUAAAUGUAUGGCGAAAGCCAAAACGAAAAACCCUACGGAUCAAGAAGAGAAGGUGGCUGUCCUGAAACAAAGAAUAGGUUUUCUAAAGAAAUUUGUACAGGCAAGAAGGUGAGAACGUCGUGUCAUAUCCUAUAAGGUGUAAAACACUCCUCAUUUUGACCUUUUCUACCAUCGUCUGGUUUGUUUUCCUCUUACGAUACGUCUUUCAAAGAGACGCAUUGAAAAGUUAUUUUAAGUUCUUUAAAAUUGAACGUAGCGGCGUGGCGGGCUGGGGAUAAUCACCCUUCUCCCCUCUCACUCUCGAUCAGUGUGCCUACUUUGUUCUCUUUGUCUUCUCAGAUAAGGACAAUAAACUGUAGGCACCGUCUCCUGUCUCUUCUUUGUACUGGUUAGCAGGGGACGAUUAAGAGCCAACGCACUUUGCAAAGUCUAGGAGGGAACGUAGUUAUCGGUGUUGUAGUCAGGCCUUGUUUUCAAAAUUGGGAUACAUGGAAGAUUUUCCUCUUGAAGUCUUGUAAAGCUCAUCAGAGCAUUGUAGUGUUUAUUCUUGCUGACGGCUUUCUAUGUUUAGAUAUUCAAUCACAACACAUCGACAAUCGUUUUGAUUAAUUUAUCGUUGUAUGAUUCUGGUUUCAAAUUGUGAUGUUGUAGAUCAUACGACGAGGACCCAGAAGAGGCAAUUAAACAGUGUCACAUUCUACUUGAGGAGCCGGAUCUGGAAUCAGCUGUACGUGUAGGAGACGUAUAUGGGAUAAUUAUAGAACACUACGCAAGACAGCAAAACUACACUAAAGUAAGUACCACUUUGAAGAGCGUCUUUGAAAAGUGAGGUGCGUUUUCGGUGAUUGUUUUCACCGGACAGUUGUGGACGAAAGACCAAGUCAGGAAUGAAGACAGGUCUGUUUUCAAACGAAACUGGAGUGAACAUUACCUCAUAUUCCACUUUAAAUCUCUUCAGCGCUACAAGUUGCGUCUGUUUUGGUCAUCUUGGCGUAUAAAGAAAUAUUUUGGUGACUGCGUUAGCAGCUUAAGUUGCAAAUUUGGCGACCUGUGUUUGACGGUCGUGAUGCAAGCUGUAAAGUAAUGUUUGCGAUCUUAGGUUAAACUGAGAUAAACAUUUGCAUAAAACAUUAUUGAAUGCUCUGUCGUUUUAGUUGGUAAACAGACUUCUUCCUCUUGGUCGUCGAGUAUCAAGCCAUGAGAUAUCUCUUGAACCUCCAUAAACAAUUUCUAGCCUUUUUUUCUGUGGAACUGAAUUUUUCUUUAUGACGACCAAAUUAUGUGUUAAAGUCGCUUAUAGGUGACUAUGAGAAAAAGCGUGUUUUAAGCCUACAACUCUUAGGGGUGACAAUAGCAUCUAAUUUCUCCUUUCAAUAUCACCCCUGAAUCAAACAUUGGGAUCAUUAGAAUAAAAGAAGAGAUCACCUACGAAAGAAGAUGUAGAUUGUUAAACAAAUCCUCUUUAUCAGAAUGUUUGGAAAUGUAUAGAGAACAGUAUGGAGAAUAUGCAUACUGAUGUUAGGGUGUAAAGGGUUUCAUUACGUCAACCAAUUUCUCGCGUUCUUUCUCCUUAGGCUUUCUCUGUGAUGGAGGAGAUGAGACGCCGUGUUCCCAACGUGAACAUGGCUUACUACGUUAAACAUGAAGACUAUAGAGGCGACCCACAAGGCAGUUGGAGCUCCUUUGAUGCGAGGAAUGGGCGCGGAACGAGACAUCCGCGGGGAAAUGGGCGAAGAUGAAGGAGAGGAGGUUGAAGAAGAAGUAGAAGAGGAUCUUAUGAAUGGACAUGAUGAUUACUAGGUACUAGGCUGGAACGAGUAGAGAAGAUAGGGUCUGGAAUGAGCUUGAAAGUAACAGUGGUUGUCGCCGUCAGAUAAUAUGUUUUGAAAGGAGGAACGACAACAUUUUCUGCGCUGUGAUGUAGCCGGGUAGGAAGACGCCGAUACGACAAUGCUGAUGGAUAAGAGGGUCUGAAGAAAGGAGUAACAGAACGGGUGAAUAACUGCUUUAUAGAAUGGCUGCUGGAAGUUAUUGUAACACGGACAACCCGAUCUCAUCCGAAUGGCUUAGGAUGCGUUAAAGUAAGCGAUAAAGAAAAGAUAUCACUGCAAGCCUUUGAAGUCCUUGUGAAGAGAGCAGUCGGAAUGUGAGUUACCCAAGUUAAAUAAUUCUUUGGUGUCAAAUAAUGGUGCGGUAGGAAAUUUCAAAGUUUUGGGAGCUAAGAACAAAGCCAACUUUACUAAAGUCAGUCUUCAGUUCACUGAUUUAAGGAGAAAGCGCCCAACAACGACGAUUUUUUAUGUAGAUAUUUAGACCGAUAGAUGUACAUAAUUGUAACUUAGUCAGACAAGGAACUAGGUCAGAACCUCUGGUUUUGCAAAUUGAGUUACCAACCUUGUUUUUUUCGAUUACUAGGACUGUUUGGACAACAUAAGUACCUUCUAAUUGUUGAUUUUCUUUCUUAAAAAAAUAAUAUAUGAUAUGGCAACUGCGUUAACUUUAACGCAAUUUAGUUAAAAUACUCAUAAAAAAAAAAUUUUUCUUUACUUAGCUGCCGAUUUAAGUCACGUGCGUUUCUUCUCACUUCAUGAUAGGAGUUAUUUAUUCAUAAACAACAAAUGUUCGUGUAAAUAUGUAAGAAUAAAGAAUAUUAGUACUUCAAACUUUUGCCUUGCGGUUUUCGGUGAAAUGAAACCCACGGUAUGUUUAGAAGUAUGAAGUUAUGUUUUCUGUUUCGAUUAAUGCACAAGUGAAUUAGCCGUCAAUUCGGAGCUAGAAUACGAGUUGUCCCUGUUUUUCGGCGGAGUCAGUCGCGCGGGUAAAACAUCUGUGAAAAAGGUGUUAACGCAAAGUUCCGCGCGGCGUACUAUCAUAAGUUUGUUAUUUUCUCUGAUUUUUUUUUUUUCGACUUGAGCAACGGACCUCCCCGAAAAGCAAGGACUGCGCGUAGUCUUAUUCAGAAAUUUCAGUUGUGCUUCAGGCUAGUGGGUGAAUAAAAAGGUCAG